ACAGACCACACUGAAUCAGAACCAAACAGGAACCAAGUCAUCUUCCAGGAAGCUACUGAAGCUGAGAACCAAAAUCAGGAAAGAAGAAAACCUUUCUCAUGUGACAUCUGUAAAAAGUGUUUUGCUUUCAAAUCUGCUUUUGAUGCUCACAUGAUAACUCAUACGGGUGAAAAGCCGUUUUCAUGUGUGAACUGUGGAAAAAGUUUUAGUCAAAAACAGCAUUUAACUCAGCACAUGAUGAUUCACACUGGUGAAAAGCCUUUUUCAUGUGUGAACUGUGGAAAAGGUUUUAGUCAAAAACAUCAUUUAACUCAGCACAUGAUGAUUCACACUGGUGAAAAGCCGUUUUCAUGUGUGAACUGUGGAAAACGUUUUAGUAAAAAACUUAGUUUAACUCAUUUAACUCAGCACAUGAGGAUUCACACUGGUGAAAAGCCGUUUUCAUGUGUGAACUGUGGAAAACGUUUUAGUCAAAAACUUAGUUUAACUCAGCACAUGAUGAUUCACACAGGUGAAAAGCCGUUUUCAUGUGUGAACUGUGGAAAACGUUUUAGUAAAAAACUUAGUUUAACUCAGCACAUGAUGAUUCACACUGGUGAAAAGCCGUUUUCAUGUGUGAAAUGUGGAAAAAGGUUUAGUCAAAAACUUAGUUUAACUCAGCACAUGAGGAUUCACACUGGUGAAAAGCCGUUUUCAUGUGUGAACUGUGGAAAAGGUUUUAGUCACAAACAGGUUUUAACUCAGCACAUGAUGAUUCACACUGGUGAAAAGCCGUUUUCAUGUGUGAAAUGUGGAAAAGGUUUUAGUCAAAAACAGCAUUUAACUCGGCACAUGAUGAUUCAUACUGGUGAAAAGCCGUUUUCAUGUGUGAACUGUGGAAAAGGUUUUAGUCGCAAACAGCAUUUAACUCAGCACAUGAUGAUUCACACAGGUGAAAAGCCGUUUUCAUGUGUGAACUGUGGAAAAGGUUUUAGUCACAAACAGGUUUUAACUCAGCACAUGAUGAUUCACACUGGUGAAAAGCCGUUUUCAUGUGUGAAAUGUGGAAAAGGUUUUAGUCAAAAACAGCAUUUAACUCAGCACAUGAUGAUUCACACUGGUGAAAAGCCGUUUUCAUGUGUGAACUGUGGAAAAGGUUUUAGUCGCAAACAGCAUUUAAGUCGGCACAUGAUGAUUCACAAUGGUGAAAAACCAUUUUCAUGUGUGAAAUGUGGAGAAAGUUUUCGUCACAAGGUGAGUUUAAUUCACCACUUGAGGCGUCACACAGGUGAAAAGCAGUAGAAGUAUUUUCCAUACAUGUUCUAUGUUGAGGUUCACUAUAGAACUGAUUUGGUUUAAAACUAGAAUGAAAGACUGGA